UCCACGAGAGCCUGAAACUCAGUGUGAAACUACUUAAGACUCUCAGCCGGUUGGUGGACUGUAGCUUGAAGAUAUUAUUCUAUCAUUAUUUUUAUUUUUAUUCUAUGAUAAUCAUGGCAUUUCUGAUCUACCUGACCCUACUGACAACAGCCGUCAUCACACAGGUGACUGCUAGCUGCCCAGCAGUGUGCGACUGCCCCGACGAGCCCCUGGCCUGCCCUCCAGGAGUGAGCGCCGUGCCAGACGGAUGUGGGUGCUGCAAGGUGUGUGCCGCACAGCUUAACCAGGACUGCGGCCCUGUGAGGCCUUGCGACCACCACAAAGGGCUGGAGUGUAACUACGGCAACGAUGUGACCGUGGCCCUGGGCAUCUGUCGAGCAAAAUCAGAGGGACGCACGUGCGAGUACAACGGUAGGAUCUACCAGAACGGCGAGAGCUUCCGGGCCGGCUGUAAACACCAGUGCACCUGCAUCGACGGCGCCGUCGGCUGCGCCCCCCUCUGCACCAACAAGCUGCCCCCGGCCUCUCCCUCCUGCCCCUUCCCACGGCUGGUCAGGAUCCCCGGGCAGUGCUGCUUCAGCGUGGACUGCCACAAGGGCACCUGGCGGCUCCCACCUAAGCAUCAGGCGCCUCCACCACAACAGCACCUGCCCAGACUUCAGCACCAGCCGGAAAAUGAGCUGACCAACGAGCUCGCAGAGGUCAAGUCCAGCGGCUGGGAGAGCGAACACGGCUACAAACACCUGCCUGUAUGGAACCAUCUGAAGGAGAAGUGUCCAGUUCAGACCACGGACUGGUCCCAGUGCUCCAGCAGCUGUGGGAUGGGCGUGUCCUCUCGCAUCACCAACAAGAACCCUCAGUGCAAGCUGGAGAGAGAGACGAGGAUCUGCACCGUGCGGCACUGCCGCGGCCUGACGGUCCCCGCCAAGAAAGGGAAGAAGUGCACCCCGACCCAGAAGGCCCCGGAGCCCAUCCGCCUGUCCUACGGAGAGUGUGUGAGCGCCCGCCUCUACCGACCCAACUACUGCGGCGUGUGUGCGGACGGACGGUGCUGCUCGCCGCGCCGCACGCGCACUGUACCCGUGACCUUCGUCUGCCCGGACGGCGAGCGCUUCCGGAGGUCGGCCAUGUUCAUCCAGUCGUGUAAAUGCAGCGACGACUGCGGCCACCUCAACGAAGUGGCCCUCCCUCCACAGCAGUGGAUGUAUGGAGACACACACCAGUUCACAGACUAGUACUGAGGAGGACUUUGUUUGAUUUAAAUGUGAUGAGGUCAACUUUCUUGAUGAAUGAACAUGCCUUAAGACAAGGGGCCAUUUUAUCUCAUCUGGCUCCCAAUGAGUGAAGAGUACAGGCCGCCUCGGUUUUGUGAUAAUAUUGUGUGACCGGAGUGGAUUGUUCACUUGCCCGCUCCUGUUCAAAACAGACAUGGGCUCUAAAUCAGAGCCCUGAGGCGCCCCUGGACUUCCUCCACUAUUGGACUGGAUGCUGGUUCAGGUGUGAUGGAUUUUUCUUUUCUUUUUUUGAGACCCUCAGAUCAGCCUGAGAGGAGGAAACACUACAAGAGCAACAAAGCACUUUGUUUAGCACUGAAACCCAGGAACUAGAACUAUGACAGCA